CAACUACAAAACGUUAUACGAUGCGCCCGCUAACGGAGGACGAGUCCAAGGCCAUUUUUACCAAGCUCGCAAAUUAUAUCGGAAAAAAUCUCGUCCAUCUGAUUGACCGACCAGACGAGCCAUAUUGUUUUAGGUUACAAAAGGAUCGUGUUUACUAUGUCUCCGAGUCCUCCAUGCGCCUGGGGAUCUCAGUAGCGAGGCCAAAUCUUGUUAGCCUCGGUACAUGUUUCGGCAAGUUUAGCAAAAGUGGCAAAUUCAAACUGCACAUCACUGCACUUGAUUAUAUUGCACAGUACGCCAAAUACAAGGUGUGGAUAAAACCCAAUGGCGAGAUGCCUUUCCUAUACGGGAAUCAUGUUGUGAAAGCACACUUGGGGAGAAUAACUGAGGAUACACCGGAGCACCAAGGCGUCGUGAUUUUCAGCAUGAAUGACAUACCAUUAGGGUUUGGGGUGACAGCACGUUCAACUACUGAUACCCGAAAAUUGGAUCCAACAUCGAUAAUUGUAUUUCACCAAGCGGAUGUGGGUGAAUAUUUGCGUGAUGAAGAUACGUUGUUUUAACCAUAUCCAUUAUUUUUCUCUACAUUAUUUCUUUGUAGUUUGGUUUGAGUCGGGGAAACUAUUCCAUUUGUAAAACUUUCCUGUGGUGCACAACUGCGUUGUCAAAUGUUUUGUUUUGCUACUCGUGUCAAUAAUGUCGAUUGAGUGUGA